UAUUUAGGUACAAUUUCUUGGGACAGUGAUGAACGGAGGAUUUCCGGUGAUAUACGCGAUGCGGAUGACAAUACGAAGGUUUUGGUAGAGGUUAAAGAUGGUGUCUUGAGUGGGCCUAAGCACCUGGUCUCUUUACUCAACAAGAAAGAUAAAUCCGGACCAUAAAUGUUAGCUGAAGCUACGAGAGCUUGCUCCGGCUAGCGUAAGUGUUAGAUAAGGCAAUGGGAGUAGGAGUUAUAUCAUUUCAAAGUUGGGUAGAAACUCUAGUUCAGACGGCCCGGCAGCGACGAGUGGUUACCAAACUUGUGUGCGCGUCAAUUAGUCUCUUGCUCUUCGCAUCCAUCUCAGUACACAAGAAUUCACUCGUUCUUUCUCUUAUCACUAAGCAUUCGUUUUUUGGCUUUAUUCAUAUAUCUUCAAUGGUCAACAUACUCCCUAACGCAGGAAUACCGCCACCUAUACCAGAUAAUUUUGAUUUUCAGGCGCAUUUAGUUAUCCCACCUUUUUUGGAUACCACAGGACAUUCCCUUCGUAUUCGUAACGCUCACAAUUGCAUCGCUGAAACGCACAAUGAGGAUAGCAUGUCAGCCACCGCGAAUUGUUGGAAUAACAGAACAGUUUUUCCGGACAUUGGUCCUCCUCUGUUAGCUCUCUAUCCUUACUCGAAUGAAGAGCUCGCGUUAUUAGCUUCCAAUCCUGCAAUAUGCGAUCGAGUAGGACCACUUCCUACCUUCAUUUUGAUGCAGCUAGAGCGGUUCAAACUUCAGAAGGAUUCAAGCCGAAUUGGGACGGCAACCAAGGAAACUACAAAAUCACUUCCAGUCGCAGGGUCUUUGAUCCAUUCAAACCCGGUCGAACGCGUUUCUGGUCAACAGCCUAGGACAAUCAUCCCGGAUGUCUUUCUUUACUCCAUUCGUCACAAGUUUUACCUCCCAGUCAAUUGGUUCACCCAUGAUCGUCUUAAAUUGGCUCAACACAGGCUUCACGAUCUCCAUACAAAAGUCCACAGAACGGAACCGACGUCCGAGGGCUCUUUGGCAGAGGCGCCGAAGGUGAUUGUCUUUGACAUGCUCAAGAUGAUGACACUGUGGGGCAACGACGACGAUCAUACGUGUGUGUCACCCAUGCAGUGGCAAAAGUGUAUGGAAAAUUACUUGUCAGCUCUAGUAAUCCUGUCACCUAUUCCUGUAAUGCAACUCGACCUCUCUGUUCUUCCUAUCAUAUCGUACGCAGAAGAAUUUCGAAAACACGUUGAUUUCUUCAAAAACUAUCCAGAUUUCGAGGCAUCAUAUCCUAUCUGGUAUAAUUUCGAGCGAAAAUCACGAAAUGAGAUUUUGGAAGGUACUCUUUUUAGUCAGGAAUACUACGUCCAGAACCUCGUGAUUCUUUCGCAGAUAAAACUCCUUGCACAUUCGUUAUCCUCGUCAUCUUCCAAUAAGCGGCCUUUAGAGUCAGACUCACAAGGGAGAGGAGCAACGAAAGCCCCUCGUACUAUCUCAAAUGAUUCUCCACGUUCCUUUCGGGCUGCAGACUCGCCGAAUCGCUCUUCCACCCCAACGUGUCUCAUUUGCGCGUCGUCACAUCUACUCCGCUCCCAUCCAAUCACCGCCGUCACUUUCAGUGAUGGAAAACCGUUUUAUUCAGUCUACCAGGAUGGCGAGCUCCGGACUACCAAGCCCCUGGGCAGCUCAAAAGAAUCAAAACGCAUCUGUAUUGCCUACAACCUUGCCAAUGGCUGUCAGUACCAGCACGAGGAUGGGCGGCUCCAUACCUGUAGCCUCUGUGGACGAGAACAUGCUGCUCUCUCUCGUAGUGCCGGAUGUCUCCGCGUUGUCGACGGUGUCAUACGCGCGUGAUUCUGCAAUAUCUGAUCCAAGAUUCCUGUUGUAUAAAGAUUUUUCAUCUACUAUCUUACAUCGCACUCCUUUCUCCGACGCUACACCCCUCGAAAUAGAGAUCUACAAUCGUAUAAUCACACCUUAUAAUGCUGAGGCCU